UCCACUCCGUCUCCCGCGCCAGCACUGCAGCAGACGUGUUUGACUAUUAUUUCUACAACAACAACAAAAAAAAUAUUCGCAUAGUGUUCGAGAAGGGAGUGUGUUGAGAUACGGAUACAAAUUCUGGGACAUCGUUUCUUGUAAUUGUUCUGAUCAGCGUCUGACAGACUCGUGUGUGCGCGCGAUCGUGUGUGUUCGUGUGUGUUCUAUCACCCACGAGAGGAGAGCGAGAGAACAAAUUCAAUAUCGGGUAGCGCUGGCCGUGUUUUUAUUUUUAGUCUCACAAAUCCCCCACUACUCUACCGCGACUAUCGUCCGGAGUUACCCGCCCCUGCCUCUCCCUUUUCAGACCGCCGAGUGUGUAGUUCGCGGAACCGAUUGUUUUGAGGGUAAAAAUACCUCGUUUGUUGUGAGCUGGCUCGGACCACGGCCGGACAACACACAUCAACGGUUGAGAUUUCGCGUGUCUGGCUGUGCGAGGUUUGAGCAGACGUCGUGUUGCAGACGAUAACGGGUUGUGUUUGGGAGGCCUUCACCUUGAUUUCACUCGGUGUGCAGCUGUUUGGGAUUGUGAAGUAAAUAAGUGAGACUGGCUGGAAUUUAAGUGAGACUUUGUUGUUUUUAUUUCUUAUCGGAUAUUUUGGAUUGAUUCAGUGGAGGUGGCGAAACCGCUUCGAUGUUGACGUAGUUGUGGACAUACAAGGAUGAAAGUAGAGUCGACUCCCCAUAAGGACAUAUUACUGAACUGGGCGGCUACUCAGCGGUGGACAUUGCCCGAAGGGAGAUAAUGUGUUUGUGAGUAAGGGACAAAAAGAGUGAGUUAAAAAUUGAGGUCGGAUGCUCUUUGUGUCUGAAACAAACCGUGCAGUAAUUACAGCGAUUACGCCACAAGCGAUAACCGGUGGACCCAUUAGGACAGACCCUAUAUCAGGACAGAUUCUACAUUAGCACAGAUUCUAUAUUAGCACAGUUUCUACCUUUCUGCCCACAUUUACUCGUAGCCUUCAGGACAAACUUCAAUAAUCUGCAACAUUUAAAGUUGUCUACUAAAACAUUAAUAACUCAAUCAAAAUCGUGAUUGUUUCAUCAUACUGUGAUUUUGAAGUGCAAGAAACGUGUUUUUUCUUCUUCUAAACUUGGAUUUAUUCUAUCAGGAAUUAACCGUUUAGUUGUGUAGAAUUCUUUACAGUGUAGUAAAUAAAUUCACUGCCAAACAAGGAGGUUUAGAUAACUCUAGACAACUGUUUCGGAUAUCUGACCAGUCACCUCCCCUAUCGGUGAGGAAAGAAAACAAAUCAACCUUUGAUCUUUAGUCAGCGCAAGGGUUCUCACAACCAUGGCUGGUGGACCCACGGAACUCAACAUGGUCAGCUCGCCUGUGGUCAGGUCCCUGGUCUUGUGGAGCCUGAUGGCAUCGCUGGUCACCGUGACCUGCAUGCUGAUGGACGGUCCGGGCUGUGACUCGGUGACCAAGUUGUACGCAGAAGACCUUGACCUCAAGCUGUUCCAGGAUGGGACCUCACACCCCAAGUACUACCGCUACCUCACCAUAGACCUCGAGUCUAACUUCUUGUUCGUCGGCGCCAUGAAUAGAAUUAUCGGCCUUUAUUUAAAAAAUAUAGAAAACAAAUCAAAGAGAAUCAACCAGGAGUUCAAGCCCCUGACUAAAAAUAUUUAUACCUGCAAAAUCCAUGGCAAGAUGGAGACGCCAGAAUGCCAGAACCACAUACGCUACAUUGUCAGAAACACCUCAGUCCCCAACACGUUUUAUAUGUGUGGCACAGGUGCCUUCCAUCCUACAGCCUAUCAUCUUAAGCUGGAGAAUGACAAGUUUGUACAGCUGAAUAACCAAGACUUGUCUGGUAUUGGCUUCUGUCCUUAUGACCCUAUGGACAACACCACUGUCAUUUUUGUUGAAAAAGGGGUGCCUGGCAAUGUACCCACUUUGUUUGCUGGAGCUGUGACAGAUUUCAUCAAGUCCGACCCUAUCAUCACACGACUGAGCAUCUACAACCCAGAUGGCACAUUAGAGUCUAACUACGUGCGCACCUUGCGUUCUAGAGUGGACUGGUUGAAUGAGCCUCAAUUUGUUGGAUCUUUUGAAGUGGGACCUUAUUUAUAUUUCUUUUUCCGUGAAGUUGCCCUAGAAUACACCAACUGUGGUAAAAAGAUUUACUCCAGGGUAGCCAGAGUGUGCAAGAAUGACUAUGGAGGGUACAGCCAUUUACAAAACUUGUGGACAUCUUUUAUGAAAGCUCGUCUCAACUGUUCCCUACCUGGAGAAUACCCGUAUUAUUUUGAUGAAAUUCAGGAUGUGUACAGAGUUGGGGACACAUUCUACGGCUUGUUUACAACCAACGUAAAUGGCUACACAGCUUCAGCCAUCUGUGGCUUUACCAACACUGAGAUUGACAAGGCGUUUGAUGGCACCUUCAAGGAGCAGUCAACAGCGCAGUCCAUGUGGCUCCCCGUCUCACCGGGGGAGAUCCCCACCCCCAGGCCUGGCAAUUGCUCAGCUUUAAACAAACACACCCAGCUGCCGUACAACUUCAUCAACUUUGUGUCACGUCUGAGUAUGUUGAUGGAUAAAGCUGUGUCUCAGACCUUUGGGAGGCCAAUAUUUUACAAAGCUGACUGCCUGCUGUACAAGUUGGUGGUUGUCAAUAAUAUUGCUGGACCCAGGGACUUGGUGUUUUUCACAUCAACAAGUACUGGAGUGAUCUAUAAAAUAGCAGCCUGGGCAAGCCUUACAGAGCUGGAUCCCCAUAAAACCCACAUUGUAACAAGCUAUAUCCCAUUCAACAAUGAUGCAUCUAGUCGCCUCAUCUGGGAUUUACUUCUUUAUAAUCAAUGGAUUUACUUUGGCACUGAUGUGGCUGUCGGCCAGCUUUCUGUGGAAACUUGUGACAAAUACAAGAAAAUUGACCUGUGUCUCUAUGAUCCCUACUGUGGAUGGGACAGUCAAUUAGGAGAAUGUAGAGCAAAGUCUAACGAGAGAAGAAAUUUGAUACUAUACUCCCAUCUGGACAUGCUGUCCUACUCAUUGGAAGAGUCCAUUAGAAAACUUGUUGGAGAGCUCUAUACGGCUGAAAAAGUGUUUAAAAUAUCUGGGAGCUCUGCAACAUUAAGAGUGGAUUUCAAACUCCACAUCAGUGGCAGUGUCAAGUGGACCAAGAAUGGCACAGGAGUUAGUGGAGACAGGCACAUCCUAGCGCAGGAUAACUCGCUGAUCAUCACAGAUUUGAGGAAGUCUGACGAGGGGACGUAUGUGGCGUCUGACAGUCUCCGCAGAACUGUGGCCGAGUACACGCUAGCUAUAGAAACAAGUAAAGAGCAGAUAGAACAGAGAUGGAUGCGCAAGUUUGACCAGUGGUGUGAUGAAUUUGAGAGGUACCAGGAGGACGUAAGGCAAUGGGAGCGCAAGUGUAACUCUUGUUGCGCUGAAACAGCAUUGACCAAUCGGUUGCCUGCGAUAGGUGGUGGAAAAUAAAAAAAAACUUUCCCUCUCAACAUUUCUCUCCAAGGGCGAGCAUCUUCAUGUUUAACUUGUUGCCUUAUAAACUUUGCCAUAGUGUGACUGUCUCCAGAGUCUGGCCACAAAGUGGACAAUCAGACCAAAAAAAAAAAAAUCUGGAAACUUGGUCAAGAAAUCACACCAAGCAAGCAAAGAUUGACCGACUUUUUGGGAGAUGGAUCGCCCGGCAUCACUGUGUGGACUGAGGAAUCUGUGUAAAGAGAUGGUACCGUGAGGAGGGUGGUCGGCCACCUCUCUAUCUGUGAUAGUCUCUGCUCAUCAUUCCUUUUCAUUUCCUCAAACCUGAGAUGUCGCCAGAUAAAAUUUUUUAAAUGAGAGACAAAAAAGAAAAGCCAAGAUUUCCUCGACGUGUUUUCUGGGAGUUGCUGUGUACACUCACUGGCAAUCCCAAACAAACUAUGCUUCAAUUUAUAUUUAUCAAUUGGAAUUGUUCAUUUUUAUGCAACAUUUUUUCAUAAUAUGAGCUCUUCACUGGAGGAAAUCUGAUAGUUGCUAUGGUUACUGUGUUAACAAUUUUAUGUGUGUAUAGAAAACCUUGAUGCUGUAUGUGAAAUGUAUGUAAAUAUACUGUAUUAAAAAUACAUUUUAUUGAAAGCUUUGUAUAUGGGCAAUACAAAUAAUUUACUUUUCAAUGCUUCUUGAAUGUAUAAAUAUAAAGUGAUUGAUUAAUUCAUGAACUGGGCAAAACAUUAGUUGAAAAAGGAUUAAAUGGCUGGCAGUACAAUUUUUACUGCUAUUAAACAUGAAGGUGAUGUUUCAAUUGUUUGCAAAAACAUAUACAUAAGACUGAGCUAUAUUUUAUAUUGUUUAGCUAAACAAAAAGUUUUGGUUUUAAAUGGAGAGCAGAGAGAAUGCCCUGGCAAAUUUAGUACAUUCCUCUCAUACCCUGGGUAGCCACAAUAUUUUUGAAUCUACCAUGUUUGUUAGCAGGAAAAACAGAAGUACAAAGGGGCUGUACUAGGUUGGACUUGAGGUACAAAUACAUUGAAACAUUUCUCAUGUAAGCUAGCUAAGAAAUGGCCCUAAACUUCUACAUCCAACUAUGCAAUAUUAGAAACAGAAUAGUCAAUCGCAUUUAUCUUAAAUACAAAUAGGAUCAAAUAUAAAAAUUUACUCAUGUUUCUGAUUAAGGUCUUCAUCAGAUUAGAUAUCAUUAACAAUAUAAUUUUGUUGAAUGUCUUCACAACUUCUAAAAAUAAAAUAUGAUAAUAUUAAUAGUCAAUAUCAGUAAUAAUAGAAAAACAUCUCACAUCAUAUAGUUUAAUCAAAAGUUUAAAAUAUCCAUCUCAGAAGCUCUGAGCUCAUCCUUGUUUAAAUAUUUUGUUUCUAUCAACAACCAAAAUAUAAAUAUCAAUGACCAAAAAAUGUUUAUCUCUUCUACUCUGACACCAUUGACAUUGAAUGUAAAUCUGUACUGUAAACUAACACUGACUUCGUUAGUCAACCAAUGCUUGGUAUUUCAACACAAAGCUCUGCAUGUAGAAUCCUUGUUAAUUCAUGUAUGGCCAGAUUUGUUUUGUUGUUGCCUUUCACCAAUCUAAGUUUUGCAUUCUGGCUUUAAAUCAAGUAUCAACAUAAAAUUUGACCCUUAUAAUUUUUCUUCUAUUUUUUCAAAGAUCUAAUUCUGGAACCAUUUUUUCGUAUAAAGAGGUUGCUUAGCUUGCUUUAACUUUAAAAAAUCUUGAAACUUAAGAUGCAUAUAAAGAAUAAAAAGUUGUGUUUAAUCUAAAGCUGCCUUGGAAUAUUAAGUUAGUGCUUAAGACUGCAUGCAGAAGUAACAGAGGCAGCAGAUGCAAUGUCCUAUCAUAUGCUACGCAAUAUAUCGAGAUAAUGAAUUUUUUUUAAAUUGCAAUCUUCAUUUAUCUUUAUGCAUGUUUAUAUCAUAAAUCAAUUUUAUAAAAAUGUUGUCCUCUGUAUUUUGCUUCUGAAAUUGUUUUAUCAGUUUUGAGUUAAAAUACUCAUGAACUACAAUUUUCUCAAAACAGCUUUUCCAAAACUUCAAUAGUAAAAACAUUGCAAAUGUCAUUUUUAAUUUCCUUGUUUUUUUGUUUGAUGUUUUAGCCAGCUUUGCACAUAGUAGAGUUGUGUUGUUACUUUUAUUGAACACAUAUGAAGGAGAACAUUUCAAAGUCUAUGAUUGUUCAAAUGUACCUUUCAUUUUUGUUGUCAGCUAUCCUUGUAAGUGCUUGGGUUUUAUUAUAGUGCUGGUAUCUCUGGGUUGUAUCAUAGUGCUGGUAUCUCUGGGUUGUAUCAUAGUGCUGGUAUCUCUGGGUUGUAUCAUAGUGCUGGUAUCUCUGAGAUAAAGUGCUGGGUUGUAUCAUAGUGCUACUAUCUCUGAGAUAAAGUGCUGGGUUGUAUCAUAGUGCUACUAUCUCUGAGAUAAAGUGCUGGGUUGUAUCAUAGUGCUGGUAUCUCUGAGGUAAAGUACUUGGGUUGUAUCAUAGUGCUGGUAUCUGUGAGGUAAAGGGCUGGGUUGUAUCAUAGUGCUGGUAUCUGUGAGGUAAAGGGCUGGGUUGUAUCAUAGUACUGGUAUCUGUGAGGUAAAGUGCUGGGUUGUAUCAUAGUGCUGGUAUCUCUGAGGUAAAGUACUUAGGUUGUAUCAUAGUGCUGGUAUCUCUAAGGUAUUGGGUUGUAUCAUAGUGCUGUGCCAUUUAGUUUCUCAAACAGCUUUUGGCUGUAGAUGAUUGCCUGUAAAUUCUCUGGCUGUUUGCUGUCUGACUGCAGUAUGUAUAAACCUUGUCGUGAAGGGCUGAUGAGGAUUUUUGUAAAUAAAGAACCCUACUGUGUUGACUGUGCACCUAUGUUUAUGUGGUAUAUGUGCAUUGUUGGAGGGUUUGUAUUUAAACAUGUUUGACAUAAUGAACUUGUGUUGUAGGAUAUGAUUUUCUUCUAUUUGCUAAAUUAAAUGUUCAGAGUGAUUGUAUGAAAACGUCAUGAACAAUUUUCUCAAUGUAAGGCUACAUCUAAUUAAAAUUACCUCACUGUCUCAGACACUGAAGAGGUGGAGGUGAUUUAAAUGUAGCAGUAUUACAAUUGUAAAUAUUGAUAGAUCACAUUGUUUUGUCUACUAGUUGAGACCACAUUCAGUCCAAAACAAUGAGAAAAUUAUCAUCUUUUAUUUGUAUCAUUUAAUGAUACCAAAAUUUAUAUUGCAUUGUCAGUUGCUUAGUUUUCUAUAAUUGUUGAAGAUCUUUCUGAUAUUGUAAAAUAAAAAUCUAUAACCAUGUUACUUGGAUAACUAGGCUGUGUGCUUGCUGUCUGAAGUCUGAGUGUUGAUCAAAAACAUUACAACAAUCAUAAAUACUGUAAACAUUUUGUACAUGUUUGAGAUUGAUGUUUCAUAGUUUCUCUUAUCAACUUCACAGCUCCAUACAAAUUUGAUUAUGUUGUGGUUAAUUGCUAGAAAUGAUCUAAUUUUAAUUUAUUGACUGUAUUUAUUUCAUUGUUACAAAUAUACUAGUUUCUCUAUCUGCACUGUAUGGGAAGCUGCAUUUCUUUUAAAAGUUAUUGCAAAAAAAGAAUUGCUUUAACUUUUUAUUUAUUCUACAAUUCUUUUAGUAAAAAAAAAUCUUUCAGGAGAUGAGCAUUGAUGGAUCAUAUCUCAUAUCAAAAGUUUUUGACUGCUUCUUUUGAUAGUCCAUGCAAGUUACUAAACUUAAAACUGGCCGACUUGAAUUUCAAUUGUUUUGUUUUGGUUAAUUUUUAGUUGGUUUAAAUGUAGAUAUAUAUUUUUUCAACUUGAAUUUUUUAUAGAUUGAUUGUGAAAGUAAUUUACCAAAUGUUUUGUUUACUGAAUAAAUUACUGGCAAAUGAACUUUGCUGUAAAACAGGUGUAUGAUUGUUAUUAUUUUAUAUAUAAAUAAAAUGAUGAAACAUUUUAA